GGGGCUGACGGAUGGGAGGGCUGGAGUCACUUGGCAAACGGUCAGAGUGAGAGAGUAUAAAAGGUCAGCUUCGGGGGGGAGAGAGUCAGGUCAAGAAGAAUUAAACAUUAUCACAGGAGAUAUUUGACUACUCAGCUGAGCGCGUCUCCUCGGAUCAUGGCUGACUUUGACGUGGUUUUGAAGCACUGGGGUGCAGUGGAGGCAGAUUACACCUCCCAUGGGAAUCUGGUUCUGACCCGUUUGUUCACUGAGCACCCAGACACCCAGAACCUCUUCCCGAAGUUUGUGGGCAUCGCUCAGGGCGACCUGGCUGGCAACGCUGCCGUUUCUGCUCACGGAGCCACCGUCCUGAAGAAACUGGGCGAGCUGCUGAAGGCCAAAGGUGACCACGCCGCCAUCCUCAAACCCCUGGCCAACAGCCACGCCAACAAGCACAAGAUCGCCAUCAAUAACUUCAAGCUGAUUUCUGAGGUCAUUGUGAAAGUCAUGGAGGAGAAGGCGGGACUUGACGCUGCCGGGCAGCAGGCCCUCAGGAACGUGAUGGCCGCCGUCAUUGCUGACAUUGAGGCCAACUACAAAGAGCUGGGCUUCUCCGGCUGAAGGUCACUGCGGCCGUUCUGCAGUCUGAUGGAGGGCAAAAGAAAAUCUCUCCUCUGUGCUCUGUUUUGCUUGAAAAUCAAAAACUCCUUUAGUGGAAAUCACAGGAUCAUUUUACAUAAAGAGCAUUAGAAAUGUCACAUCGCUGCUUUUAUUCUGAGGUUAUUUUACUGAGCUGAAGCUGACUGUAAACCGUUUUCUCUUAAUGCUUGGGUAAAAAAAACAACACUCAACUUUUAAUUUUGAUUUUUGAUGAUUAUAUUUGGAUUCUGGAAUAAAAUGCCAAAAUGUGUCUCUUCAAUCACUUCAGUUGUUAAUAAACUUCCGAUACUUCA